AUGGGUCGACCCAAGAAACGAGCUCGCGCAGACGAUGAGGCGCCCAGUUUCUCUACACAAUCAAAUGAAAACAUAUGGCCCAGUCCAGAAAAGACACCACCAGAAUCAUUCAAUAUAGCUCCAGAUCCUAUCGCAGCAUCAGAUGCACACCAUCUAUGCCCCCAGCUCUUCUGGCAAUCCCAAAGUCGCUCGCCCUCGGCCCAACCAGACCUGUAUACGGGCUCGCAUGACCAUGAACGUUCAGACAGACCAAAAAAUCCCAACCUCCCAAUCCCUCCAUCCUCCAGCCCUUGGCCAGAUUUCUCAACUGUAUCUCAAUCAUCAGCCAUGCCCUUCACAUCUUCAACUAACAUCUCCGACCUCCUCUCCAUGCCACUCACCCCGCAAUCUCCUAAUUCAGACCCCACCGUCCCUCAAUGUACAUGUCUCUCCUACCUAUAUCUCUGCCUAAGCCAUAUAUCCUCUAUUGCCUCUUUCCCUGUCACGAACCAUACCCUUUGCUCUCUUUAUAUCGCCGCUCGAACAGCCCAAGAUAUCAUCCGCUGUGAAUCCUGUCCCAAGAACUUUGCCUCGGGUCUUCAAAAUGUUAUGUUCUGUGGUACGCUCUUAACUGUUGUCGCAGACGCCUGGUUCCGGGUUUAUCAGAGCGAUCCCGUCGAACUAGGCAUGCAGUCUGCACCACAGGACUAUAUUUCCUUUGUUCUUCAAAGUGAAGAUCCCGCUCAGCAGUGGAAUAGCUGGUUGCGACAGAUUGUACGCCGGGCUGUCAUCGGCGGACCCGUCGACCCGAGUGUCCAGGCUCGGUGCAAGAAUCAGCCGGCGUUGCUAGCUCUUAUCAACGAGGUUGAGAAUCGGCAACGUCGAUGGCAUCAGCCGGGUAAUCAUCCAUGUCCUAACAAUCCAUUACAAGCUGGAGUUGGGCACGUGAUGAAUGGAGACGAUUGUGAAAGAAAGGAAGAAAAGGAGUUACUUUGUUUCCGAGUUGUUGGGAGUGCAAGGGCAGUCAUCUCGAAAUUCAACUUUGAGCCACAUGAAUUUCCUGGAGGGACUGAUCUGACUGGUAUAACGCAUGGAAACGAAUAA